AUGAAGAGACUAGCAGCUCGCUGCUUUGCUGGCUUGUUAAUUUUAUCCCCACUAACUGUGAUUUCCGAUAGCCGGCCUGCUGAUAGUGGUAAGGCAAUUGAAGACGGCAAUUUAGAAGAAAUGGAAGAGGAGGUCCGGCUUAAAAAACGCAAGAGACGAAGAAAUGUGGAUAAAGAUUCUGGGAAGGAGGAUGGAGAGAAAGCAAAGAAAAGAAGAGGCAGACCUCCUGCAGAGAAGUUGUCACCCAACCCACCUAAACUGACGAAACAAAUGAAUGCUAUCAUUGAUACUGUGAUAAACUACAAGGAUAGUUCAGGACGGCAGCUGAGUGAAGUCUUCAUUCAGCUCCCAUCUAGAAAAGAAUUACCAGAGUAUUAUGAAUUGAUUAGAAAACCAGUGGACUUCAAAAAGAUAAAGGAAAGAAUUCGCACCCACAAGUAUCGGAGUCUGGGAGACUUGGAGAAAGACGUCAUGUUGCUGUGUCACAAUGCUCAGACAUUCAAUUUGGAGGGAUCACAGAUCUAUGAGGAUUCCAUUGUUCUUCAGUCUGUGUUCAAAAGUGCACGACAGAAGAUUGCCAAAGAAGAAGAAAGUGAGGAUGAAAGCAAUGAUGAUGAAGAUGAUGAUGAAGAAGAGGAAUCAGAAUCAGAAUCAAAAUCAGUGAAAGUCAAGAUCAAGCUAAAUAAGAAGGAUGAAAAAAGUCGGGAGAAAGGAAAAGGCAAGAAGAGACAGAGCCGAGCAAAAGCCAAGCCUGUCGUGAGUGAUGAUGAUAGUGACGAGGAUCAAGAUGAAAAUGACCAGUCGGAAGCAAGCGGAAGUGAUGAUGAGUGAUCCAUAGGGUUUAUUUUCUUGGCAGAACUGACCCCUUCCCCUUCUCUUCUCCCUUCUCCUAUUUUACACCCAGUGAAUUCAUUUUGUCAAAUAGACAUUGGGUUGUUUCUGUACUUUCAUUCUAUAUAAGUUAGCUUUAGGAUAGUGCCAGACAAACAUAUGAUAUCAUGGUGUAAAAAAAGGAAAAAAGAAUGUAACAUAUUGUGACCAAAUGGGCCUCAAAAGAUUGUAAAACAAAACAACAAAAAAGGCUUUUGAUGGAAAAUGUGGGUUGAUAGUAUAUUUCUAUGAGCUGGUUCUAACUUGUUAAUGAUUUGAUUGUGCCUGGCUUUGUCAUUUAAAAUGAUGUUCUUUAGUGGCAUCAGAAAAGGGGGAUAAAAAAAGGGGGAUAAAAAGUCUUUUGUAGCAUUGAUAACCAGGAGAAGCCAUUAAAAGCCACUGGUUAUUUUAUUUUUCGUCAGGCAGUUUGGAAAGUUUUUAUUUGUUCUGUAUUGGUUUUUUACACUGUGGUACAUAUAUGCAACUUUGUUUAAUAGCUUAUAAAUGUACAGUAGUUAGCCUUCAUCCACCUUGUCCCAUAUACGUUUAUCCACUUUACGCUUGAUGAUCUGCAGAAAAACGCUUUUUGAAUUGUAUCAAAUUUAUGUCUACUGUAAACUUUGCUUAACUUUUUCUUCCUUGGUUAAAAAAGUUGGGUUAAAAAAUGCUUACUGAAUAUCGCAAUCUAUAUACGGUAAUGGAUGGCUUCUUUCAUCAGACUGAUCUUCUAUGUUACCAAUGUGGAUUAUCACCUUUUCCCUAAAGUGUACUUAAUCUUUGCUUUCUUUGCACAAUGUCUUUGGUUGCAAGUCAUAAGCCUGAGGCAAAUAAAAUUCCAGUAAUUUUGAA